AUGAUGCGUGAGACUAUUGCCAUUCCUGCCGCUUUGAAUGAGUUUCCAAGGAGACACCGUCAGUACAAUCCUCCUGAAACUGUCGCUCGAGUCGCAGACAUCAAGGUCAAGGCUCAUGUCGACAUUCCUGACGUUAUCUGCGACCGCAAGCAGAACAAAGAGUACUCAAGAGGCUCAUUACUAGGAGAGGCAGAACAUGAUGAUGACCAAUUUGAGAGCAAUAAUGUGCAGGGUGGAUUUGCACAAUGUUAUCAAGUAACAGACAGCACUGGUGCUGCGUUUGCUGCCAAAGUGAUACCCAAGACAUCAUUACGCACUCCAAAGCAAAAGCACAAGUUGUUUGCCGAAAUCAAGAUACAUCAAAUGUUGUCGCAUCCAAACAUUGUAAAAUUCCAUCACGUUUUUGAGGAUGAUCAUAACGUAUAUAUGAUUCUGGAGCUCUGUCACAACAAGACCUUUGUUGAUUUUCUUAAACGAAGACGACGUAUGACUGAACCUGAAGUUCGAUACUUUAUGCUCCAGCUGCUCAGUGGAGUCCAAUAUAUGCAUCGAGAACGUAUCAUACAUAGAGACCUCAAGUUAGGGAAUCUCUUUAUUUCAUCCGACAUGCAGCUCAAGAUUGGUGAUUUUGGAUUGGCAGCUAUAUUAAAGCAUGACGGAGAGAGGAAAAAAACCAUAUGUGGAACACCCAACUAUAUCGCGCCAGAGGUCUUGUUUGAUACAAACAAUGGUCAUAGUUUUGAAGUGGAUAUAUGGUCAUUGGGAGUUGUCAUGUAUACGAUGCUGAUUGGAAAGCCGCCUUUUCAAACAAAGGAUGUCAAGGCCAUCUACAAGAAGAUUCGGGAAAACAGUUACGAGUUUCCUUUAAGCGUAGAGGUCUCGGAUUUAGGAAGAUCUCUUAUUGCAUCUCUCUUGCAUUCUAAGCCCGAAAGCAGACCGGUCAUCGAUGACGUGCUUCGUCAUCCAUUCUUCUCAGAAGCAAUACCGGCAUCCAUACCGAUAUCUGCAUUACAUGAAAUACCACACUUCCCAACUCUGAUUCGAAUACCACAACCAACAACACCCACCGCAUCGUCGCUGUUAAAUGGGCUUGCCACACUCUCAGUAUCACCACAACAUCCUCCAAGGCCGGCUAGAACGGUGUUGGCUGAAUUAGGACUUCAAGCUGCUACUCAAACACCGUCUAUUAGUCCAUUAAAUGAGAAUGUCUUGUCGAACGGAACAACGCCAAAUGGAUCUCCGUCUUCGUUAUUGCAUGUUCAAAUGCCUGGUGCUUAUGUUACAAGCACACUUAGAUUGCACGAUACACGGUCGAAUGGCGCUGGCGCACUGCGAUCUAAGUACUCUCCAGCUCGCAUGUCACCGGCUCCCAAAAUACCUCAAGUGCCAAGUCCUCAAACAUCACCUCCCAUAAUAAAAGCUUCUCUUCCCGCUAAUGCAAUAUCGUCCCCGCCUUUUUCGCCGGCAAUCAAGGCUUUUCGAAUGUCUACGUAUCAAACAGCAACCACUAAUAUGAAUGGGUCUUCACCGGCACCUGUAUUAAGUCGCUCAGUGUCAUCACCGUUAAUACACAGGACGGAAGAUGUCAAGUCUUCCACACCGUUACUUUUUAGACAAUCAGUCAUUGGUUCAGUGACGAAUCGAUACGUCAAUGUUUUGGAGUCGAUGCAAGACAAUCUGACAAGAGCACUAGAUGACAUUAAAGCUGGUGUGAUAUCUCGGCAUGCUCCUAUACCAGAUGAAAUACUUCAGACGCCGAAAGUGUUUAUCAGCAAGUGGAUUGACUAUUCUAACAAGUAUGGGUUGGGAUAUCAACUGACGAAUGGAUGUGUUGGUGUCUAUUUCAAUGAUUCGACUAGCAUCAUACUCGCUCCUGAUCAACAGCAUUUUGAGUAUCUGUAUUGUGAUCGAGAGUCCAUCAGAAGUAGUAUACAUCGUCAAGCGUACACCAUGUCGACAUAUUCAGCAGAGUUGAACAAGAAGGUGACUCUGUUAUUGCACUUUCGUAGCUAUAUGCAGGAGAAUCUCUUUCAGGCUUGCUCGUUGCAAUGUGCUGACACUACUGCAACUCAGAAUCUGGAAUUCUUGACCAAGUAUAUGAGGACAAAGCAUGGUGUCGUCUUUCGGUUGUCUAAUCGCGUAGUUCAGAUCAAUUUUUUUGAUCACAGUAAAAUAGUAUUGUCGAAUGAUGCACAGACUAUCACGUAUAUUGACAAGGCACGGACGAUGCAAACAUUGUCCCUAAACACUCUGACUAAGAGAUACGGUGAUGCAGCAAGUAAACAAGAAGUUAUCGAUAGGUUGCAUUAUGCAAAGGACAUUAUUGCACAGAUGAUUGUAAAGAAGCAAUCGAGACAAAGAGCUUCGUAA